AUGCCAGGAAGUGUAUGUGGCACCUGGCCUGCCUUCUGGAUGGUUGGUACAGACCCACCUACCGCUGGCGAGAUUGAUAUUAUCGAGGGUGUGAACGAAGGCCCCAACAAUGAAGUUACUUUACAUACAAAUGAAGACGGCUGUUCAAUUCGGCGCUCUGGAUUCAGUGGCAAAAUCGCCACUGAGAACUGCUACAUAUAUUCCACUGGAUCUGCUGGUAGCGGAGGAUGCGGCAUUGUUGACAACGAGGCCAAUUCAUAUGGUGAUGCUUUCAACGCCGCUGGCGGCGGUGUCUUUGCAACCGAGUGGACAAGUGACUUUAUCAAAGUCUGGAGGUUCAGCAGCUCUAAUAUUCCAAAUGAUAUUCGAGCAGGGAAUCCUGACCCGUCGCGCUGGGGUCCUCCCGUGGCAAGCUUUUCUGGGAGCUGUGAUAUUGACUCUCGGUUCCAGAAUUUACACAUUGUUUUCGAUGUGGCUUUUUGCGGUAGCUGGGCGGGCUCUGUCUGGUCCCAAAGCAACAAAUGUGCACCAUUAGCGAGAACAUGCGUGGAUUAUGUUCGAGGUACACCUGCAGCCUUCUCUGAGAGCUACUGGGGCAUUAAUACUUUGAAGGUGUAUCAACGCGACUGA